GUGGUGAGCACGUGUUGCCCGUGUUGCCGCGCGAAGUCCUGAAAGAUCAUUAAAAAAAAAAUGGAUAUAUCGCGGUCAUCGCAAUACAUAAUCCGUGAUGCACAGCAGCAGGAUACAUUGAAAAAUAUUUCGCCGAGAUACGAGGCUAUAGCGGAACAGUAUCGUAUCAUCAGGAAUUGGAGACCACGCAGCGACGUAUGGCCGUUGACAACCGGACGCGCUAUCCUGGUCAGCGUGGCAUCGCUCACCGGUGUGUACAUUAAUUAUCGGUUCAGGGCGAAGCUAAAGCUCCGGGAUUACGGGGCUCUCCCUACGAUGUUAGGUCUCGCGGUAACACCGGCUAUAGCGACAGGUCUCUCUCAUACAGAGUUUAUCCUGAACAAACUGUUGUCAUUAGAAAUAUCUUGUCCUUUGUGCUUGGAAACUAGAUCAGCCUUGGCGCAAACUUGUACCGGGCUGUUUCUGCCACUGAUAAUGGCACCGGUUGCAAACUUUCAAAUCGCUGCUGGCAGUGGAGUAUACAAUGUGCCGCACAUAACUGACGUAAGAAAAACAUUCGGCACUAUCCUGUCAGCCUAUCAGCCGUUGUUCCCAAAAAUUGCAAUGAUUUUCGUUUUUCAAUCACUGCUAGCUGGUUUUAUAACGUAUUUAGAAAUCAGAUCUUUCCUUCGCAUUAUAGACAUACAGUAUCUAAUGCAAGAAGAAAAGAAGCAAAAUUUGAAACAAAAAGAUGAUUUUUAAGUUUCGUGUACAAUAUCGUUAUAUAUAACUAUAGCAAAAUAUAUAAAUUGAAGAAAUAAUCAUCGCGACGUAGAUUUUACUCCAUUUUAUAUUAGAUCAGUAUUUAAUAAUAACAUUGUAAGGACAACGAAAGGAUCAUAGUAUGUAUAUAUAUUUCAUAGAAUAUAAAAU